CUGUCUUCACGUGUUUCGCAACUCAAACUCCGUGACGUCUCCCGAGGUUCAAUACUAGUAUAAUUUUAUAACUACACUAAGUAAAUAGUUCAUUAGCUUCCUUCUACUUCACCAAAUUAAUUCCAAUUUUAUGACUCUUAUAAAUUACUGAAUUUCACGCUUCUUUGGGAGUAAAUGGUAGCCCUAUUAUUCAUAACGAAAAACUGUUUAUAAGGUCUUCUAUAGACCAGGUCAAGGAAUAAAUGCCACGGAAAGAAUGAGAGCAAUUGUUGUUCUUAUCUAGAAUUUGCAUGUUUCACUUGUCAAAAACCAAGUGUACCGCGCACUCAAAAUGUUUUUAAACACUCGGCAGUUUAUUUCUAAAUUUUUAAGGGUAUGAAUUACGUGAUAGUCUAAAAAACCGUCUGAAAUUUCGUGAAGCAUUCCAACUUGCUCUGAACUUUAACUGAAUGAGCACUGUCAAUGAGCACAGAGUAUACUCACAGUAUGUGAGACUGUGGUAUACUCAAUGCUAUGCGCGCUCACAGCUGUAUCUUUGUGAAGGGAGCACAGAUCUUUUGCCAAACAUCAUAAUAAGGUAAGCGUCAUGGCGGCAAUGAAAGAAGUGGUGUCAUUGUACCAGCAACUGAAAACAGAAUGGAACAAGAAACCACCGAACCUGAACAAAUGUGGAGAACUUUUAACGAAAUUAAAGGUUGGCCUUACACAUUUAAUGUUCUUGCCAACUUCCAACUCGACUGCUUCACAGCAAGAGCUGUUACUUGCAAGAGACAUUCUGGAGAUUGGUGCUCAGUGGAGCAUUGCUAUGAAAGAUAUACCCUCAUUUGAGAGAUAUAUGGCACAACUGAAAUGUUACUAUUUGGAUUACAGGGACCAGCUUCCAGAAUCUGCAUACAAGUACCAACUUUUGGGACUGAAUCUGCUGUCCCUACUAUCUCAGAACAGGGUGGCUGAGUUUCACACAGAGUUGGAGCUGUUGCCUGCUGAUCAGAUCCAGACCAACGUCUAUAUCCGCCAUCCGCUUUCUCUUGAGCAGUACCUUAUGGAAGGCUCCUAUAACAAGAUCUUCCUGGCAAAAGGCAACGUUCCAGCAGAAAAUUAUAAUUUUUUUAUUGACAUUCUGCUGGACACAAUUAGAAAUGAAAUAGCAACUUGCUUGGAGAAGUCCUACGAAAAGAUAUCUGUUCAAGAAGCAGCGAGAAUGCUGAACAUGGCGAGUCUUGCUGCCAUGAAGAAAUACGGAGAAAAGAAUUGGACUCUUAAUCCAGAUAAUUACUACUACUUUGGUACUGAGGAGAAGAAGAGUGAAGACCCUCUUCCAUCAAUAGAACUUUCAGAGCAAGUGAUAGAUUAUGCAAGGGAACUUGAAAUGAUUGUAUGAGUGAACAAACUUUUGUGGAAAAUUAAAGCUUUAUUUAAUUUUACUCAUCUGUUGAAAACUUUUGUAAAUAACAAAGUAAAAAGUUUAAUAGUCA